ACCAUUAUUUUAAUUAUUAUGUAUAUAUAUACUAAUAAUUUGUGUUAAAAUAGACAAAAACAGGUAGCUCUCAAUUAUCUUGUUUUUCUACUUUAAACAUGUUUACAAGCAUAGUGAAUCCACAAUGUAUAUACAUCACUAUAUACGAAUAAACCUUUAUUUGAAUAUGAUCGAAAUUAGAUUUUAGAAAAUAUUCUUUGAUUAUUAUCAAAUAUUAUCAUAGUGAAACUAUUUUACUUCUAUUAUUGGAACGUAUAAAAGUUUUUUCCAUUUACUCAUUAAAAUUAAGUAGUUUGUUUGUAAGUAGUAUUAAAAAAGAAGAAAAAAACAAAUAAACAAACAAACGAACCGUUCUGAUGUGGAUUAUUCAUUCUACGUGAUAAAUUACUAUAUAUUACAAACAAAAUAGUUUUAUGCCAAUUAUCCAGUAAACCAGUUGUAAAAAGAACAAACAUUCGAUAACUAUAAUUACAACAAUAACAACAAGUUACUCUUAAAUACAAGAAAAUUACAUACAAAUCAAGAAGGAAAAAAUAAAGUGGGACAAUCAAAUUUUAAAAACAACAACAACGAACAAACAAACAAUCAAACAUUGAACUGAAAUCGAAGAGAAAAAAAAUUAGGCUAACUAAUUGAUUGACAGAUUAUACUGAAGGACAGAUGUUUCGCAGCUGUGUAAUUGUAAUUUUAAUAAUAUUCAUCUUGGUUACUAAUUCUGUUGUACAUAGUACGCUUCCCGGUAAACAAAAUCAUACAAUUGUUUUAUUAGAUUUGAAAUCAAACAACAAUAAUCUAUCUAUUCAUCAAUUUCUUUCAACUAUCAUUCAAUCAAUAAUCAAUAAACAAGAUUCAUCGGAACAAUAUCAUUAUAUUAAAACCGGUUCUAUGAUUACCAUAGACUGUAUUGUAUUUAAUAUAAAGCAUAAGUUCCAAAAUGAACUACUCCAUCUUAUUCAAAAGCCUAUACAACAACAAACUGUAAAUAUUCAUUUAAAUCAAUUAUAUUACCCUAGUUGUGCAUCAACCAAUGACAAAACUAAUUUACAUGAUAUUAAUUGUAAUUAUUUAUCAUUUUAUCAAGAAAGUAUAAACAAUCAUAAUAAUAGUAAUGAUAUAAAUGAAUAUAAUGAAUUCCCAUAUAGUCAAAUAGAUAUUUUUCGAUAUACAAUUCAUCAAGUUAAUAAUAGUUUCAAUGGACGUUGGAUGUGUUAUUCGGAUAAUAUAUCGAGUAAAAUUCAUAAUCUUAUUAUUUCGGAUACGCAGGAUUCUGAAGUUCAAUCCUAUGUUCCUCUUCCUAACCCAUCUAGUACAUCAGUUAAUGUUCAAUGUGAUUAUACACUUUCCUCAAAUGUGACAAAUAUCACUGAGUUACACAAGUAUAAUUCAAAUGCACACGAUCAAGAAUUCAUUAAUGUUACAACAAUCACUUGGAAGUUAGUAAUGAAUUCAUUUGAUCAGCCAAAGCCGAAGAGAUUCACUGAUCCUGAAGUAAGCAAAACAAAAAUUGAUUGCCAAAUAACAGGUCAACAACAACGUCGUGACAAAAGACAGGCUGAUUACGAUGUUUAUUAUCCAUCUAAAUCUGUACGUUUGGAAACAAACUUAUCUCCAGAUUAUUUUGUUCAAGUUGGUACUAUACUUGAAAUUAAAUGUACUGCUGAACCUGGUAAUCCUCCUCCAAAAUUAUCACUUUUACGUCAACGAUUUGAUGAAUCUAAGGCAACAGUUAUCCAAACUAAAACAAGACAUCUCAGUCAGUCAAAUUCUUUUAUGAAUAUACAUAAAGAUAUAGCUCAAGAGUUUAUGGUCACAUUAAGUGAAGAAGAUAAUGGUGCUUCUUUUUUCUGUGAAGUUACUAGUACUGGAAUCAAAUCAAGCAAAGUUCGUUCUGACAGUGUACGAUAUAAUAUAUCAUUUCCUCCACGGGCAGUAUACGUCCAGUCAUAUCCCGAAGGUUUGAUUGCUGAGUCAAGUCAAAAAAUGUUUAGCUGUCAAACAGAUAGUAUGGGAAGCAAUCCUCCAGCUAUAUUAAAAUGGCAACAGCUUGAUUCUGCGGGUGCAAUUAUUUCACUGGAAAGUUUGAAAAAGUCCGUCAAUGUCGACUUCAUCAAGCAAAGUAAUGGUGCUGUUGUUACUCGUUCUAAUCUAACAGUUCUCGCAACUAGAGCAUUGAAUGGAAGGCGAUUUGAGUGUUCAGUUGUAUUCAAUGACUCAAAAACACUUCUUCGAUCAGAAGGGUUUUUGGAGGUUAUGUUUUCUCCAAAUAACAUACAAUUAACAGCUCAACCGAUAAAUGGUGUUCCAGAAGCUGGUCGAUUAGAAUUGUCAUGUGCUACUAGUUCAUGUCAUCCACCUGCUGUGAUACGUUGGCUUGAAAUUUCACCAGAUAAAAUAAAAGAAAAGAAUAAAAAUAUAGAAGAACAUUUACAAUAUAUUAAUUUAUUUUCAAAUGAAUUAACUGAUCUUGCCCAAUUAGAAACUAAUCAAGGAGAUUUUGGUGGAACUAAAGUUUUAAGCACUUUAAUCAUAACCAAAACUUAUCGAUCUCAUCAAAAUACAAUUUAUCAAUGUCUAGUUAAUCAUACUGGAAUGAAUAAACCUGUUCUGAGUGAGCACAGAUUACAAAUAUUAUAUCCUCCAACAAUUCAUAUCAUCAGUCUUCCAAAUCAGCCAAUUGCAAGACAAUCUGUUACGUUAUUCUGUCAAGCUAUUGGAGGAAAUCCUUCAAAUGACUUGACAUAUGCAUGGUUUGUAGCUAAAUCAACUCAGUUUUCUAGCCUUUUAAAACAAGAUGACGACACUCAAUUAAAUGAUGAUCCACAUGAACAAGAUACAGAUAAUUCACUGAAUCUGUCAAGUAUGAAAAAUCAUUUUAUAUCUUCACCUCUUGUAACACAAAGGCCAGAAUUUGACAGUAUGAUUCAACUAAGUGGAUAUCAUGAUUCACAACUAAAUUUAACCAAUAUUAAAUUGUCUCAAGCUGGUUGGUAUGGUUGUGAAGUAUCUGGAAUCGGUGGAAGUUCCCAUGCAUUAUAUCAUCUUGAUUUAUAUUAUCAACCCGUGAUGAACAGACGUACACAAACCCAUGUUAUGGCACAACUAGGUGAAACUGUAACUUUAGCUCUAUAUAUAGAUGCCAAUCCACCUUGGGCAGAAGCUGAAUGGUUUCAAAUAGAAACUUUUAAGAAUGAAGCUGAAAAAAUUCACAAUUCUCAACAAUAUGUUGAACCUCAAGCUUAUUUUGAACCGCAACAAAUAAAUUAUGGUUAUCCACAAUCGUAUAAUUCAUGGACUCGUGUUAAAAGAACAGUAUUUCAUCGUUUUCAGUCACAUUUGUCAACAUCAGAUUUUCCUGGAGAACAAAAUUUACGUCAGUCUAUUGGGCAGAGAAAAAAUAUUUUUGCUUCCAGUGGUACUGGCCUCUAUGGUAACCUUACAUUCUUCCUCAGGUUCAUAGAAGUUAAAUCUGUUGAUUUCGGUACAUACAUUUGUCAAGUUCGUCAUCAAUUAGGUGUAAAAGAAUUCACAUUUCACUUGUUAAAAAAGGCGGGGGAUGGAGUUAUAACAGAAGAAUCUAUUGAAGUAAUUCAUCAUGGAUCAACCACAAGUAUUUUAUUUAGUCCUCCAUUGAAAUCUUCCCUUAUGAAACUUAUCCUUCGAGUUUGCCGACGUGAUGCUUUGUUAGGUAAUCAUAAACAAACAGAUAAGCAAUCUGUAAUUAAGCAGCAUUUCAAACGGGAUAUUCCAAAUCAAAAAGUAUCAAUUACCUCAAGAAAUGUUUCAAAACAAAAUGAUGUUACAAAUCUAUUGGAUAGUUCACAGAUUUUGGUUAAUUCCAGAACUGUUGGUUGUGAAGAUUAUCAGGUUGCCAAACCUUGGUUAGGAAAGAUGGAAAUACAUUUAUCCGAUGCAGUUCAGUUGUAUAAUUUUCGAUUUCUUUUAUUUCAAGGUACUAAACUUCUACAAGAAACAUCUCCUGUAUUAUGGCAACCAGAAAUAUCUAAAACGCAUGGUGUAUUCAAUAAAUCCUUGUUAGUAUUAGCUGUAACCGGUGGUUGUGCACUAGUAAUUGUAUUUCUUAUCACAAUAAUUAUAAUCUAUUCAUGCUAUGGACGAAAUAAACAUGGUUUAUUGAAAUUUUGGAAUAUAAAAAAAAGUCUGAAAUCAAGUACUUCGCAACAGUCAAGCAAAAAACUAGAUGUUCCAAAUCAUAUAGGAUGUGAAUUAGGUUUUGAACUUCACAGUGAUCUUGGAUCUGUACGUAGAUAUCAACCAGAAACUCCAUACAAACAACCACCUCUAAAUGGUUCUUUCAUUCCACAUGGACAUGAUAAUUCAUUAAAUGGAAUUCAUCAUUUUAACUCUUUACAAAAUUCAGCAAUCAAUAGUGGAUUAGAUGGUAAUAGUAUUGAUAAUGAAUGUGCUGCUUUAUUACAUAGCUGUAAUUCAGUAGCUAGUAGUCAAAGUACACAUAUGAAUAUAAUCAAUAGUAGAAUAUUUGCUGAAGCUUAUGCUGCAGCAGCGAGAGCAGCUGCAUCUGUAGUCAGUGGAAGCACUGAUAUUUAUUCACCAAGUUCACAAAUGACAAAUGAUCUGGGUUCACAAAAUAAUGAAGAACGUAAUCGAUCACAACAUUCACUUCUUUAUUCCAUGAAUCAAGAAAUUAAUAAUGGAUUUAUAAAUGUAUCAAAAGAGACCAAUAUAAAUACAGAGAAUACUGGUGGUUGGAAGAAAUAUAAUAAUAGCAACAGUAGUAUAAAUUUAAAGAAUCGGGACAAGCGUAAAGCCAAUGACAUCAAUAAAUAUAAACAUUCUUUACAAGGAAUUAGAAAACAUUCAAGAAUUAGUUUAUCUGGUCAACUGGAACCCCGUGGAUCUCAUUUGUCUAUACAAUUGCCUUCAAAACAUUCAUUGAACUAUUCGCAAUGGAGUAAUGCUUCUGGUGCUUCUUAUUCUAGUUUAGUAAGUCCAAGUCAAACAGAUCUACAAGUUGCAGCUCAAGUAGCCGCAGCUGCGGCUGUUGUAUCGGUUGUAGAAAAUAUGAAUUUAAGUUUAACUAUGAAUCAUGCAUCAUCACUUAAUAAUGUGGGUGGUUACUGUCUUAUGCCUAGACCAUCAUCAAGAGCUGCAUCGGUAACCGGUCCUACUACCAGAAAUAUCAAUAAACUAUGGAUGGAAAAUGAAGAUGGAGAGAGUAUGAAAUUUGGUAUGUUUACUCCACGAAAUGCUUCAACUGGACAGGCCACGCCAACUGCCAGUGUUGAUACUGUUGAUCCAAAUUUACAAAUAUCAACUCCAAGCCCGAUAUCACAACAACAACAAUAUUCUAAUGAUGUUAAUAAUAACAAUAAUAGAAAUCAGUUGAGCUUAAAUAAUCAACAAAUAAAUGGGAGUUCCAUUUCUCAAUACAAUGCUGUUCCCCAGACAAAACUAGAUGAUAGGUAUCAUCAAAAUUAUAAUCCAAAUCGAUCAGCCGAUUCACAAAAUAUUUCGAAUCUAUAUGCAUAUCAACAACAACAACAAAUGUAUCCUAUUCAUGGAUCACGUGUACCAUAUUCAACAUUCAUCAGUCCAACAUCCCAAACAAAUAUUUCAUCACCAUCUAAUCUUAAUGGUAAUGAACAAAAUCCCUCUUUAAUGGCUUAUUAUCGUAUACUAGCACAAAACCAGAUGCUUAACAGGCAUAAAUUACAACAAUUUCAUCAACAUCAACUGAUUCAACAGCAACAACACCAACGACAACACAGCAAAAAUGAUCAAUUGAAACAAACAUUGAACAUGAACAAGUUGCAUCAACAAAUUAGUGGGUCUAAAAAUUUCAUAUCCGAUCAAAAAGAUCAAAAAAAUAACUUAGAAAGUUGUACCCAACCCGAUCAACAGAUUGAACCGAAGAAAGAUUUAAAAUCUAACCAGAUCGAUAAAAUAAUCAAUGAAUGUAUUGAUAACCAACUUGAUACAACUAAUAGUAAUAAAUUCCAAGAUCAAAAUAUACAAAAAAAUGUCAACAAACAUGAAGAAAAUUCAUCUAUGAAUCAAAAAGAUUUAAAUGAAACAAUAAACUUAGACAAUGCACAACAUAACACAACAAAACAAGUAUUAACUACAGAAAUAAAUACAUGUCAUUAUAAAACGACUGAUCAAACUUCUUCAAAUGAAACACCAUCUUUGUUAUUAAAUGAUAGACAAAUGAUUAAUCCUACUGAUAUUAAUAAUGAAAAUAAACCAAAUAACAAUAACUUUAACCAACCUCUUACUGUAACCAUCAAUUCAGAUCCAUAUUAUAAUUCAGUCGAAAACCAUAAUAUAUAUUUUAAGUAUAAUCAAUCUCCUCCAUUAAAUAAUACAGAAUAUAAUGUGCAUAAUAUCGAUAACAAUAAUAAUAACUGUCAUAUAAAUUCAUCACAGAAAUCUCCAUCUUCUAUCUGUUCCCAAAAUACACCACAAUCACCAACUUCACCACCUUUACAAUCAACACAACAAUCUAAACAACAACCUCGUCUAGGUAUUCAUUCACCAGUAAGAACAAAUCGUUAUUUAAAUACUACAGAACAAAGUGCAUUCAAACAAUUUAAUGUUAAUCAAGAAAAAUUAAAUCUUUCAAAUGAAACAAAUAUUCAUUCAAAUUCUAUUGCAUGAUAAUUAAAACAAAAAUAAAUAACUAAAAAUUCAAUAUAAAUUAUAUUGUGUACAGUAAUGGAAAUUUAAUAAAUGUGAAUUGGCAACCUUCCUACAGAAUAUAUAUAUAUAUAUAUAUAUAU